GUCGAGCGAAAUGGCCCAUCACGAGCCAGAGCCGUUGCCAUGCUCAUCAGCCAACACCCAUCACCUUCACCACACCUUCACCACCACCUUCUACACCGGCUCGCUCUUCGCUCUCCCCCUACUGCUAUGCAUCCCUCCCCAGCACCAUCCACCCAUACCACCCCGUCGUGAUGCGACGAGAGACUGCCAAAUAAGGAGACCAACCUAAACAAAGGUACCCGCAACGUGGUUGUUGGCUUGCUGCGAAAGAAGCGCUCUCCGGUCGCAAGCUCCUGAUCACUCGCACCAUCCAUCCAUCCAUCCAUCACCUCCACAACCAUCACCACCGAGAUCACCCAUUCACUGCCGCCGCCGCCGCCGCCAUCACUCAUCAUGUCCAUCACCACCAAGUCGACGCCCAAGGCAGGCAAGAAGAGCCGGAUCGUGUCGCUACGCAUACCAUCGAGCCAACUUUCCAACUGGCCAUCAGACACUGCUUCGCCGCUCGCUCAGGCCUCAGCGGUACCAUCAAUCAAGAACGAGCCCUCGCCAUCGGCACAACCGUCAGAACACGCCGACAAGUCGUCAGAUUCGAACGCGACACCUGUGCCGAAUGGCACUGAUGUCGCCGAUGCCGACACCUUAGCACCUCCCGGCAAGGCAGACGCAAAACGUAAGAGAGGAGGUGCAUCUGGGACAGGACGCAAACGGGCACCACCGUCCAUCGAUCCCAACGCCCCGCCUAGAGAGCGAGGUCGACCGGGUCCCAAGAAGAAGCCACGACUACCCGAUGGCACUAUCGACCGCACAACAGACAACCCGACUGGGGCACGACCGGCGAAUGCCAUACCCGCACACAAGCUAGGUCCCAAAGCGAACACAGGCGCGAUCAAUGCCUGCCUGCGUGCGCUUGACCGCACCGGAAAGCCAUGUCGACGCUGGGGCAAGAAGACGCUCGAACUCAAGUCAUUUACGGGGAUGACAUGGAAUCUGUCGUCCUGGAAGGCUCCACCCAAAGACCAAGGCUUUCCGGGCGACGUCAAGAGUGACAGCGCAAGCUCAAGCGAACUCAAGCCUAAUCAGAGCAGCGCCUUGCAAAGCGAGCGUAGUCACAGUCACGUCGGCGAGGACACCGUGAUGACUGGUAUGCAAAGCUCACCUGCACCAGUCGCUGCCACCUAGCCACACCCUGUCGUCGAGCACAGCCAGCACUGUCACGAACGCGGAUUCUCGAGUAAACGGACUCUCUGUAUCAGUAUUCAUCAAAAUCUUCCAUUGGUUUCGUAGUUUGCCUUGAGCUCUUUAGCGUGGCGUUGAGGAAUGGGUCUGGAUUACCAUCGGCAUGACAGCGUGCAGAGUGGUGCAUGGGCUUUGGGAUUGAUGUCGAUAUCGCCACGGGACAAUGCAGGAUUUGACUCUGCGAACUGCGGUGAUCGAUUGCAUGUGGAAUGGAGAGGAAAUGGAAAAAAGUCCACCUAAGAACAUACCGCUGUCUUCCAAGCUCUCAUCGUCUUUCCUGUGCACUUUCCUGUUUUUCCCAUGUCCCUCAAAGGACUGCAGCGGCAGUGAGCUCGUUUACUUCAAUUACAUACACACGCACACAUCAGAUGUCGAAC